UGAUCUAUGUGAACAAAGCUUUAGUCAAAAAUAUCAUUUAAACACACACAUGCAAAUCCAUACAGGAAGGAAGCCUUUCUGUUGUGAUCUAUGUGGAAAGAGAUUUAGAGACAAAUCUAGUUUAAAGAUACACAUGCAAAUCCAUACAGGACAGAAGCCUUUCUGUUGUGAUCUAUGUGGACAAAGAUUUAGCCACAAAUCAUAUUUAAACUCGCAUAUGAGAAUCCAUACCGGACAGAAGACUUUCUGUUGUGAUCUAUGUGGACAAAGAUUUAGCCACAAAUCAAGUUUAAACACACACAUGAGAAUCCAUACAGGACAGAAGCCUUUCUCUUGUGAUCUAUGUGGACAAAGAUUUAGCCACAAAUCAAGUUUAAACACACACAUGAGAAUCCAUACAGGACAGAAGCCUUUCUCUUGUGAUCUAUGUGGACAAAGCUUUUGUCGAAAACAAAAUUUAAACAGACACAUGAGAAGCCAUACAGGACAGAAGCCUUUCUGUUGUGAUCUAUGUGGUAAAAGAUUUAGACACAAAUCUAGUUUAAACACACACAUGAUAAUCCAUACAGGACAGAAGCCUUUCUGUUGUGAUCACUUUUCAGACUCUGGAUAUAAGAAAUGUUCUACAAAGAAGGAAUGUAAGAAAGGCCAGACAGGAGAGAAGCCUUUCUGUUGUGAUCUAUGUGGAAAAAGAUUUAGCUGCAAAUUAAUGUUAAACAGUCACAUGAAAAUCCACACAGGAUAGAAGCCUUUUU